UGGCUGCUGCUGCUGCCACUGGGCAGAUAACGGCAGUGAGGGGUCUGACCGCCCUGAGUGCUCCCAGGAGCCUGGGUUGUGGCUGUGAAUGAGAAGUUAAAGACAGUGAGGACUGGGAGGUAGGUGGGCAGGACUCACCAAGGAGCUGCAGACCCAAGCAAGAAAUCCAGGGAGCAAAAGGAGAGGAAGAGUGAGCUUGGGCUAAGAGAAUCAACGCCAAGUGGCACUGGAGGAAAUGUCAUCAUUGGUAAAGGAGGACUUGGAGAAGAAACUGUUCAAGCCACUCUCGCAGAAUCUGUACGAGUUUAUUGAAAUAGAGUUCUCGGUUCAAGACAGGUAUUACCUCUGUGUGUCAGUGACCAAGAAUGAAGAAGUAAAAAUAAUUAUGGUGAAACACUACAGAAUUGGGCUAGAUGAAAAAUAUGAAGUAACAAAAAAGUGGUCUUUGAACGAUCUGCGGAUGAUUGAUGGAAAAGAAGCAGACACUGACAACCCAUUUUUUGAUCUGCACUUCAAGAAAGUGUACAGUUUGGAAGCAUAUAGCUGUGCUUCUAAAUAUGCCUUUGCUCGAACAGUAAAUAAGCUGAAUCAUGCAUAUCUUAAGAAGGACUUACAGAUCGUGAACUUUGAUUCUACUUACAUCAAUGAUGAUUCCAUUUGGUCCUCCAACAACAAGGAUUGCUUGGUCCUUAUGAGAAUAUGCUUUUAUGCUUUCAAUCUUGUGUGCUUGUCCCUGUGUCCCUUGCCACUCUAAAGAUGUAUACCAUGUUUCCUUCAUCAGUGUCC